AUGACGGCGGAACUCAUCAACUUGGCCGACGGAUUAUCCUGUUACACUAGUGGGGAGACGGAAGCCCGCUUCAUCUAUAACGAGAUUUGGGAAGAACAUUGCUACGAUGGGCCGGAGUUGUCCGAGAAUCCCGUCAUCGUAGACGCCGGUGCCAACAUCGGGCUCUUCUCCAUCUACAUGAAGAAGAAAUACCCUACCGCAAAGAUCAUCGCCUUCGAGCCAGCGCCCGAAUCCUUCGCAACCUUACACCGCAAUUUUGAGCUGAAUGCCAUCUCAGGAGUUGAGGCUCAUCAGUGCGGUCUCGGCCCGACAGCCAGCGCAGAGAAGUUGACGUUCUAUCCCACCUUUCCCGGUAACUCGACUCUCAGGCCUGAAACAAAGAAAUCGACUUACGAAGCUAUUGCUGAGAGAUUUGGACAGGAGUUUGUGGACACAAACUUCGGAAACCCGCAUUUUGUAGACAUCAAAAUUGAAAGGCUCUCUCGGUUCUUGGACGGGGUUGAGAGGAUUGACUUGUUGAAGGUGGAAGUUGAGGGUUCUGAACUCGGGGUAUUACAGGGUGUGGAUGACGAGCACUGGAAAUUGAUACGGAAUGUUGUGCUAGAGACCACGGAGAGUUCUGGAGAUAGACAGAAGAUCGAAGAUUUGUUACGGCAAAAGGGGUUCAAGGUUGUCCGAGAAGGAGUUGCGUUUGACUCAAACAUGGAAUUCUUUGUCAUCUGGGCUCAUCGACAGGACGGAGUUGGUGAAAAGACACAGGGCUGA